GGGUCUCGGGCGGGAGGGCCGCCGGGCGUGGGGUUUGGUGUUGCCCCGCGUCCCCUCGAGCUUUGCCCGCCAGGAGAUCCGCUGCUCCCGGCGUCCAGAACGGAGGGGUAGAGCAGCCCUCGGCGGCCUGGGGGGCGGGCGGCCGUGCCCGUCCCGGGGCCGCGCGAGGCACAGGCGCUGCGCCCACCCGCCCGCGGGUUUCCGGCGCAGGCCCGCGCGGUAACAAGUUUGCACUUUGCUCCCGCAGGACUGAUCCGCCGCUACUAAGUAGCGGGUUUCGGGCCGGACUCGGCCUGCGGCAGCAAGAGCCCUACUCCGGCCGACCUUGGGCCUUGGGAGUUCGUCGCCGGCGUCUGCGGAGGUGCAGAGGCCUCAGGUCUAAGCACAGGUUGAAAACUACAGGCACAAGCUAUGGAAGCUGGGAUGCUCUGGUGUUGGUAUUCCCCUGACUUAUAUAUACCAAAUGUCAUUCUGUAAAGGUACAAUAAGAAAGUGCCUCGAGCAAUAAGGUCAAAUACAGGGGUGCCAAAAAAAUGUAUGCGUAUUUUAAGAGAUGUUACCUAGAUAGUACGUAGUCUUCUCAGGCACCAGUUGCGAAUGUAAUUACAGUAGCAACGUGUAGUAUGACAUAAGCUUAAACGAUUGUGCUAACCUAAUCGGAUGAUUGCCAGCGCCAGUCACCAUGCGACAGGCAGGACAGUCAAAGAAAAUGGCCGAGUCGCGGUUGUCCUUCGAGGAGCGCAAGGUCAUUUUGAAGUGGUAUUUGAAAUUCGAGAACAUUGUGGAAGUGCGGCGACAGUGGAGGCGUGAGUACGCGACAGACCCUCCAACGCGCCUGACGAUCGCGCGCAUUCGCGAUAAGUUUGAGACGCAUGGCACCGUGUGCGACGUGCACAAAGGACGGUCCGGGAGGCCUCGCACAGCCACCAGUCCCGCUGUGUCUGCGCUGGUGCUGGAGCAGUUCACGCGCUCGCCGCACAAGUCCACCAAACAGUGUGCGCGGGAGACGGGGAUCAGCAGAACCAGCAUACGGCGCAUUCUGAAGACCGCAAAGUGGGAAGUAGUUGUCCCCAGAUUGUUACAUUCGCUGAAUGAAGACGACCCCGAUCGAAGGGUGCAAUACUGUGAGUGGUUCCAAAACAUGGUGCACGUGGAUGAGGAGUUUGUGGGGAAAAUGGUUUGGUCUGAUGAAGCACAGUUUAAACUAAAUGGAACAGUCAGCCGACAUAAUUGUGUGUAUUGGGCUCCAGAAAUGGCACAUGUGGAAAAAGAUGUCCAUUUACUGGGCCUCAAUGUCUGGUGUGGACUGUCACUGAGGGGACUCAUCGGACCGUUCUUUUUUGAAGGUCCUGUAACUGGUCCAGUGUACUUAGACAUGCUACGUACAUCCAUUUUGCCUGCAAUUCGGACACUUUUCGGGGAUGACGUGUUUUACUUCCAACAAGAUGGUGCCCCACCGCACUUCCACCCAGAUGUGAGAGCUUACCUCGAUGAGAACUUGCCAGGACAAUGGGUAGGACGCAGAGGUGUGGUUGAGUUUCCCCCACGGUCUCCUGACUUAACACCCCUUGACUUCUACCUGUGGGGCACCUUACAGGAUGCGGUGUGCCAUAGAAAACCAGCUACACUGGUGGAACUUCGGGAAGAAAUUGAAAGGGUGUGUGCAGCGAUAGAAGCAGACACUUUGGUCAGCGUGGCUCAGGCAGUCCUUCUCCGAAAUCAGAAGUGUCUGGAUGUUGGUGGUAACCACUUUGAGCACCUCUUGUAAUUGCAGAAGUUGUGUGACUUGUAUUUAUUAUCUUUUGUGAUAAGUACAUAUUCAGUAUUACAGUUUUAGUAGUUUUUGUUUUUCUUAAAAUGUGUAUAUGCUUUUUUGGCACCUUCUGUAUUUUUACUAACUUUGUAGCAACCCUGUGUCCAUGCACCGACGUGGAGUUAGUUAAAGAAACGAGACAGUGCCGGUGGUGACAAGGCAGUGUAACAGAUGCUUCAUGUUCAUCUUUUCAUUCAAUUCUCACACAUUUGGUGUAUUGUAUUCUCCCAUUUUACAGAUGAAGAAAUGGGUUAGAUAGUACUUCAAGUUGCGUUAUGUAUUAGCAGCUCUGAACAAGAAGCCAUGUGUGUAACUUUUAUCUCUUGAGAUUUGAUGUUGUGGUUUAACAGGCCAUUUGGAGGAAAGGCCCAUAGUAGAGCUGGUAAGAAUCUUUUUUUUUUUUCUGAGAGAGAGUUUUACUUUGUUGCCUCUCAGAGUGCAUGAUGUCACAGCUCAUAGCAACAUCAAACUCUUGGGCUCAACCAGUCCUCUUGCCUCAGCCUCUGUGUAACUGGGACUACAGGCUCCUGCCACAGCUUCUGGCUGUUUUUAGAGAUAUGGUCUCACCCUUGCCCAGGCUGGUCUUGAACUCCUAGAGUGAUCCACCUGCCUCAGCCUUCCAGAGUGCUAGGGUUAGAGGCGUGAGCCAUGGCAUAAAUUCUUAAUAGUAUUUAAUUACAUUGAACCUAGAGAAGGUUCUCAAAAUUUGGCACAAGCAUCUGUCAGUACAUAAGGUGUUUUUGACAUCAUAAGGCGGUGUAAAUGGCAACUUAAUAUGAAAGUAUUGGAGGUGGAGGUGAUAGGGAAAGUUUUCAUAUGGGAGGAAACAUAACAGUCUAGCAAGAUGCAUGGAGCCUGUACAUGCUAGAACAAGUUCAUUCUUAAUAACUAAUCUGCAUGUCUAGCAAUUGAGAUCUUCAUAUUUAAAAGCACGUAUGUCAGUUAAAAGUAAGUCAUUUUCCAGAAUCUUUAAAUAAAGAUACUUAAUAUUCUCCUUGGAGUCAUUCUUAAUGUUUAA